AUGUCUAUUCAGCCUCGCACCUUUCCGAGUGACGGCUUCGUCGCCCUCCCGAAGCAUGAGAAGUUCGAGGAGGAGAGACUCGUUGGCUACAAAGCUGAAAACUUCUAUCCCGUCCGACUGGGCGAGGUCUUCGAGUCGAGGUACCAGGUCGUCGCAAAGUUGGGCUUUGGCACGGCCUCUACCGUCUGGCUUUGCCGGGAUCUGCAUGAAAACGCCCUGGUCACUCUCAAGGUCUGCAUCGUCGGAGAAGAUGAUACCCAGGAAUUGGCCAUUUCUCACCAUAUCAAGUCUAUCAACGCGGAGCACCCUGGUAAGGAAAGGCUGCGCGGGUCGCUGGACGACUUCCGUAUCAGAGGUCCUUAUGGAUUUCACCAAUGUCUGGUUUUCGAGACACUAGGCGUUACCUUGACCAAUUUGAGAGAUUUGUUCGAGAACAGGGCUCUUGAAAAGACACUCUUGCAGAAAGUUUUGUUCAUGAUUGUGACGGGCCUAGACUUCUUGCACCAGGCGGGGGUAGUGCAUACAGACCUAUCGCCCAACAACAUCCUAGUCGGGGCCGACGCUAUUGCGACGUCUAAAGUCGAGCAGGCCGAACUGGCUAGCCCAUCGCCGCGUAAGGUUUUAGCGGAUCGCACCAUCUAUCUUUCUUAUACCAUGCCAACGACCUACAAUCCGCCAGUUAUUACCGAUUUCGGCGCUGCUCGCUUGGGAGAUCCGGGGCAAAAGUACUCUGGCGACGUCAUGCCGGGGGUUUUUCGAGCGCCUGAGAUUAUCGCUGGUAUAGAAUGGGACUCGAAGAUAGACAUCUGGUCUGUUGGAGUCAUGAUCUGGAGCCUGUUCGAAAGCGGCAAUCUCUUCUGUGCCGUCAAGGACGGCCAUUUGAACGAUGAGCUCCACUUUGCUGAGAUGGUCUCUCUCAUGGGACCCCCUCUGAAGCAGUUUUUGCAUCGCAGCGAUCGAUGUCGUCAGUACUGGGACUCAGAAGGCAACUGGAUUGCUGCGACACCUAUUCCCGACCAGACUCUUGAGUCGCGUGAGACACGUCUGGAGGGCAAGGACAAGGAACUGCUCCUAGCCCUCGCUCGCAAAAUUUUUCGUUGGCUUCCGGAAGAGAGGCCGUCAGCCCAGGACCUUUACGAAGAUGAGUUCCUUACUCAGUUCGUGCCCAAGGACCAGCAAGGUGCUUCAUGA